AUGGCACCGCCGGCCCCGCACCGCGCGAGCAUGGCGCCACGGGCCUCUCAGGCCUCGCGCACACGCAUGUCUAUGGCGCCAGGGGCAGGGGGCGUAUCGAGCUCGGUCGCUGCCCGGCUAGCCGCCAAGCAGGCGGAAUUGCAGGCCCUCCAGCAUCUGCGUGCCGAGUCGGCGCGUCUUGCGCAGGAGCUCACGGACCUGAGCGAGCGCGUCGAUACACUUGUGACAGGUGGACAGACCAUUGCGUCUGUGAUGGCGAGCUGGCAAGGCGUGUUCCGAGCGAUCCAAUUGGCCCAAGCGGCCAUGUCCAAAUCCGACGCUGAUCCGGCAGCCGAUGCCACGUCCGCGCACCAGCAUCCGACGGAGCAGGCUCUCUCAAACGCUUGUGCGUAUUCCACUGCAGGCGGUUGA